AUGCUACUUCGCAACGCAGUUGCUUACAUUCAGGCUCUUGUUGCGUCCGGUAACGAAGACUUAUGCUACUAUAACUUUGAAUGUGCUCGUCCUUUGGGGAUUUUCACCGCUUUCAACAACAUUAUCUCGAACGCGGGCUACGUCUUAUUGGGUGUGCUAUUUCUUGCUUCUGUUGCCCACAGAGAUCUGCUGCACCGUCACCAGAGAAAGUUCAAUCCUGUUCUUACGCAGGUUCAGUGUGUUUUCUUUACUCUCUCCGUCUUUUGUUCCUGCUGUUGA